UCUCACUUUGCAUUCACCCAAAACCACAAUGACCACCUCCACCCUUUCCACUUUCCUUCUCUUUGCUCUACUUCUUCUUCAUUCCACCAGUGCAGCCGUUUUCAAUAUCCGAAACAACUGUCGAUACACCGUUUGGGCUGGCGCGGUUCCUGGUGGAGGCCGGCAGCUUAACCCAGGCCAAACCUGGGCUUUAACCGUCGCAGCUGGCACAAAAGGAGCCCGUAUAUGGCCCCGAACCGGUUGCACCUUUGAUGGCUCAGGGCGAGGCAGGUGUCAAACCGGUGAUUGCAACGGUCUCCUCCAAUGCCAAAAUUAUGGUACCCCACCUAACACAUUGGCCGAGUACGCUUUGAACCAAUAUCAAAAUCUUGAUUUCAUUGAUAUCUCUCUAGUGGACGGAUUCAACGUGCCGAUGACAUUUAAAGCCAGUUCUGGGGGUUGCAGCCGUAGUAUCGUAUGUACUGCGGAUAUCAAUGGUCAGUGUCCUAGCCAGUUACGGGCUCCGGGUGGGUGCAAUAACCCUUGCACCGUGUUCAAAACUGAACAGUAUUGUUGUAACAAUGGACCUUGUGGACCAACUGAUUUUUCAAGGUUUUUCAAACAGAGAUGCCCUGAUGCUUAUAGUUAUCCUCAGGAUGAUAGAACUAGUUUAUUUACGUGCCCUGGUGGAACCAACUAUGAAGUUAUAUUCUGCCCUUGAUCGAUCGAGGACAUUAGAUAAAAGAGGUGAUCGAAAUAUAAUAAGAACUGCAAUAUAGAAAUGAUGCAGUAAUAUGAAGUGAAUAAGUAAUUAAGGGGCUUUUCUUCCUUGAUUAUAUAUUGUAAUACAGUAAUGUCAUCUUUUAUCCAAACUAGUGGGAAACCCGCGCGUUGCGGCGGGCUCUACAAUA